AAUGUAUCACAAAUAACUCAAAAGUCUGAUUAAAAUGAAAAUAAAGAAAAACAAACAAAAUAAAAAUAAAACCACUCAUAUGUUUUCUCUAUAGAGAAAAUACAAAAAAACAUAAUAAUUAGUAAAUAUGAAACAUAUUGAAACUGGAGGAUUUGACUUAGUUCCCAGCUGGUGGUGGGGAGAGCGAAGGAAGAGUAGGAAUGGUAGUUGGGAUAGUGGGGAUUGAAGGCAUGCUUGGCAAUGGAGGCAAGCUGAACCUCGGAAGAGUCGGCAUGGUCGGAAUAGGAAGGGGCGGAAGUGUCGUGGGCAAUGUCGGCAGUGUAGGCAUCGGAAGAUUUGGAAUACUUGGCAAGGACGGCAACGCAUUAGGGUUUGGCAAAUUUGGCAACGAGGGCAAAUUCGGCAUUUGUAGAAGAUUACGAGCAGCUAGUCCGACGUCUAUGCCGGAAAAUGCCAAAGCGAUGAAGAAAAAGAAAGCCAUAUUCCUGAAUGAAGGCAUGUUGUAUUUUUGAACUAUGAAUAGAAAAAAGUAUGUAUUGUUGUUAACUUGGUGUGUUUGGAAUGAGAAAAA